AUAAUAUGUAUUUAUAUUUCUAUCUUAUAUUAUCAUCAUUCAUUCAACUACAACUGAAUAUGUUAAUAGUUUUGAUUAUAUUUAUAGUAUAACAGAAUUAUUACUACGUAUUGUUGAUGUUCCAUAACUGAUGUACGGUUAUUUAUAGCUGUAUUUUAAUGCAAAUACCCAACUAGAUUAGAUUCGAUGUAGUUAUGAGCCACAUUCGAACAUCCAGUCACAGAAAUAGCAUCAUUAACUCCGGAUUAGUUUCUGUAUUUAAUGAACUAAUUAUUAUUAAUACACUUCCUUGUCUCUUUUACUUGAAUUCGUCACUGAAGAUAUAAUUUAUUAUUAUAUAAAAAGAAUUAAAGAUAAAUUCGAAGCAUAUAUUUUUAGAAUUUUUUGUGACUAGUUACACGCUUCUCUAUGCUAUUCUCUUGCUUUUAUGUUCAUGAUAUAUUUCAGAUCGAUAUUCUUUCACAAUACUUUUAUCUAAUCUAAAGCGUCAACUUCAAAGUCUUUAAUGCGACAUAUAGAAGAUGUAUAACUUUUAUUUAUAUGACUUUGCUUAAAAGUACCAAAUAACGCUAUCUUUAAUAAUUACUUUUAAACUAAUUUAAAACAGAAAAUAGUAUUUAUAAAUAAUAAAGAUGGGCCUAAAUUGUGUGCGGCCUGUCGAUCCUUUGUGUGCUGUAAUACCAAGAGAUGUCGGACUCGAUGCUUCACCGAUUAGAGAUUCAAGAUUACCGAUUAUCUUUCUGAUUGGAGGCUCGGGAGCAGGAAAAUGUUUGUUAAAUUCGACACAAUGUCUACGCGUGGCGAAACAUUACGGUUUCUGCGCCAUGAUAAGCAAAGAAUUACUGCGCAGUGAAAUUACCACCGGCUCGCAAAGGGGCAUUAUCCUGGCGUAUUUAAUGUCGGAGGAUAAAUUAAUUCCCGCAGAUGUCAUGGUGCAACUUAUCAUAAGAAAGAUGCUACAGGAAUUAAAGACUACGCGGGGUUUUCUGCUGAGUGGGUUUCCUAGGGAGAAGCUGCAGUGUCAGCACUUUGAUAGGCAAAUCCGACCACCAGACCUCGUCCUGUAUUUAUAUGUAAGGAAUACGCUGCUGAUAGACAGGGUCUUAGCCAGAACUAUCACUGUCACCGAAAGACAGGAGACAGGCAGUUUCGAUAAACAUUGGAAACGAAUCAAGGAACAAGGUCGAAUGAACAAAUUCGUUCUUAAGUAUUACAAGAAACGAUUAGUAGUUAUCGACGGUGAGAAGGAAGAGGCAGAAGUUUUCCAGGACAUUUGUAAUGCGAUUGACAGUGUCUUGAAAGAGUUUCCAAGUACAUCCGGUGGAAACGGUUAAUUAGAAUUUGUUUGUUUUGAUAACUGCGCGAGCGUUGAAAUGCUUGUGAACUUACAUGAUGAUCGUGCAAAGCUAUAUAAAUAAAUUGACUGACGUAGUUUUACAUGUUUUUGAAAUUACCAAAAUAAUCUGUAUUUUGUUGUGUAUUAUUUAAAGAAACAAGGUUAUAUAAUAAAAUAAUUAUUUUAUAUAAACAGAACUUAUAAUUUAUAAGAUCAUAUAACUUUGUACAAAUAGAAAUUGUAAUCAAUAUAGUAAUAAAAUGUCAUAACAUAAAAA